AUGCCACCCCGGUUACAUCUCUUUACUGCCCGAUCUGUGGCCUUUCGGACUAAACCUUCUAUCCCGCAGAAAAGGUUCGCGCCUGGUCUUCUGCAACAUCGAGCGGCUAGCGAUCAUGCGUCCUCGAAGAAAGCCGCUACUACACCCGUCGAUCCCGACUUCAAGGGACCGAACAUGGAUCAAUUGCCACAUGUGAGCGAGGAACAAGCUGCCUUGGACAAGUCUAUGGGAGAGACUCCACCGGAUAUUGAGCAGGGUACACCGGUGGAAGAGAUCCUCAAACGCGACAGAGACGCACUGGAAAAGGCUCCCGAGGUGUUGAAGCAGGCUCUCAAGAACAACCAGUCUGGAAACCCUUCUGGAACACGGUCAUACUCGACGACUGCCCGCAGACCUGCAGACCUCGCCAAAGUAGACUUUGUCGAGACUCAAGCCGUGGGGUUAGAAUACCCUGAUGCCGGACUAGGACAUAAGUUCCCUCUGCCGGACAUGACGCAGUGGAACAGAAUGGACAAUUUUAAACGCCGUUAUGACCCAGUGUUGAAUCAGCUCACCAAGAUGUUAAUGCGGCAUGGGAAAUUGAGCAGAGCACAAUCGACCAUGGAUGAUAUUCUAGACAUCCUACGGACUGCUCCAAAGCCGCAGGGCAGCGCGUUGGCUGGUGAUCGAAGCUUGGCCACCGUCCUCCCGCACGAGACCCUUCCACUUUCUCCGGUGCAGUACAUAACUACGGCGAUUGACUCGGUGGCACCCCUAGUCAAGAUCCGACAGCAGAAGGGUGUCCUUGGAGGUGGAGCUUCUCUGCCCAUCCCCGUGCCACUCAACAUGAAACAGCGACGACGCACGGCGAUCAAGUGGAUACUCACCUCGGCGGACAACCGCAAAGAGACGAAACUGGCAGAGCGGGUGGCCAAGGAAAUGAUCAAUGUCGUCGAGGGCCGGAGUGGUGCCUGGGACCGCAGGGGCAUGGUACACAAACUGAGUAUCUCUGCUAGAGCGAAUGUCCGACGGUCGAUGCAGAGGAGACGGUAG